GGCUGCAGCUGCUGCUGCCGCCGCGGGUGCUGGUGCUGGGUUUGUUUUCCCAGCGUCGCCAGGCCUUGGGGGGAGCGGCCGCGGCUCCCCCGUUGAUCAUGAGGGUCUCUGGGUCCUACUGAGGUGAGGUAGGGAGCUUGCGGCCUAGUCAGGCGAGGCGGGCGGGGGAGCGCUGGGUCUCCAAGGCCGCGUUGCUACGGUCUGGGGCGGAUGUCCCGAAAGAGCUGCUGCCUCGGCUCGUUCUCUGCCCUCUUUCGUGGCGGGGUGGGGCCUAUAGGUAGUGCAUCGUGUUUACUAUGGCAUCACUGGUACCAUCAUUUACCUUCAAGGAGUUUUGCCCCUUGUACUACCUUCUCAAUGCCAUUCCUACAAAAAUUCAAAAAGGAUUUCGUUCCAUUGUGGUCUACUUGACUGCACUUGACACCAAUGAGGACUACAUAGCUGUAGGCAGCAGUAUUGGCAUGCUGUAUUUAUACUGCAGGCAUUUGAAUCAGAUGAAAAAAUACAAUUUUGAGGGGAAGAAUGAGUCGAUUACUGUUGUGAAACUCUUAAACUGCUUUGAUGAUCUUGUUGCAGUUGGAACAGUUUCAGGCAAGAUUGCUAUUUUUCAGCUUGUCUCUUCAUUACCUGGGAGAAACAAACAACUUCGGAGAUUCAACGUUUCUGGUUUUCACAAAAGUAGCAUUACAGCCUUGGCAUGGAGUCCCAAUGGAAUGAAACUAUAUUCUGGGGAUGAACGAGGGAAAAUAGUUUAUUCUGCUUUGGAUUUAGAUCAGGGUCUUUGCAAUUCCAGUUUGAUAUUGGAAGAACCAGCUUCAAUUGUUCAACUAGAUUAUAGCCAGAAAGUGUUGUUGAUCUCCACUUUACAGCGAAGUAUACUUUUUUAUACUGAAGAAAAAUCCGUCAAACAAGUUGGAACACAACCCAGAAAAAAGUAAUUACUAAAUUUUAGUUUGAAGAAAAGUCUGUAUUUAAAACU